UUGAAAUCCCCACCAACGUGGUGAUAUAUGAGAGAGCGAUGAGUCACAUCCUCCCUCCUCAUCCUGAGGUGGAAGUUCUACGGGCACAGUUAAUAUUAAAGCUACGGCAGCAGUAUCAGGAGAUGUGUCACUCUAGAGAAGGCAUCGACUCUCCUCUAGAAUCAUUCAACCGGUGGCUGUUGGAGAGAAAGGUCAUUGACAAAGGCAACGACUGCAUGUUUCCCAGCAGUUGUAGCCCUGAAAUCUCCCAGUCCAUGUACAGAGAAAUAGUGAAUGAUAUCCCCAUUAAACUGGUCAAACCUAAAUAUUCAGCUGACGCAAGGAGGCAGUUGUCCAAGUACGCUGAGGCUGCAAAAAAGAUGGUAGAAACUAGAAAUGCCUCCCCAGAGAGUCGUAAGCUAGUCAAGUGGCAUGCAGAAGAUACAUUCCAGUGGCUGCGGAAACAGCCCAAUGCUACCUAUGAUGAUUACUUAGAACGUCUGGCUCACCUAAAGCGCCAGUGCCAGCCAUACCUGAUAGAAGCUGCCAAAGGCUCCGUAGAGGGCAUCUGUAGUAAAAUCUACGCUCUCUCCUGUGAAUACGCCAAAAAAGUUAAUGAGAAAAGCUGGCAGAUUUUACAGGAGCACGGAGUUAAAG